AUGUCUAAUUUCGAAAAGAAUAAAUACAUGGACUAUCAACGCUUAAAAGGCAAUAUCCAUACAGUCAAGAAAAGACUGAACCGUCCUUUGACAUUCUCUGAAAAGAUUGUAUAUGGUCAUCUGGAUGAUCCAAAGACACAAGAAAUCAUCCGUGGCCAAUCCUAUCUUAGACUCCGUCCUGACCGAGUGGCCUGCCAGGAUGCCACUGCUCAAAUGGCCCUUUUACAAUUCAUGUCCGCUGGCUUAGACACAGUGGCUGUCCCGACCACAGUCCAUUGCGAUCACCUGAUUGAAGCUCAACUUGGGGGACAAAAGGACUUGGCUCGAGCCAUGGAUAUCAAUAAGGAAGUCUACGAUUUCUUAGCCACGUGUACGGCUAAGUACAACAUUGGGUUCUGGAAACCAGGUGCCGGUAUCAUUCAUCAAAUCUUGCUUGAACAUUACGCAUUGCCUGGUGGACUCAUGAUUGGGACAGAUUCCCAUACGCCAAAUGCCGGUGGGCUUGGAAUGGUUGCUAUAGGCGUGGGAGGUGCAGAUGCAGUGGAUGUGAUGGCUGGUAUUCCUUGGGAACUUAAAUGCCCUCACGUGAUUGGGGUUCAUCUUCAUGGUCAGCUACAUGACUGGACGAGUCCUAAGGACGUCAUUCUUAAAUUGGCUGGUAUCUUGACAGUUAAAGGAGGUACAGGCGCCAUUGUCGAGUAUUUUGGAAACGGCAUGGACUCUAUUUCGUGUACAGGCAUGGCUACAAUCUGUAAUAUGGGUGCUGAAAUAGGUGCCACGACCUCUGUCUUCCCUUACCAUUCUUGCAUGCGUGAUUAUUUACAUGCGACUGGACGUGGUUCAAUUGCCCAUGCUGCUGAUACAAUGGCCAAUUAUCUGCGAGCAGACAAAGGUGCAGUCUAUGAUCAAGUGGUUGAUAUUCACCUGGAUCAAUUGGAACCUCAUAUCAAUGGUCCCUUUACGCCUGAUUUAGCCACGCCUUUAUCUCAAUUCAAACAAGCCGUCAAAGAGAAUCAAUGGCCUCAUGAGCUCAAGGUAGGCUUGAUUGGUUCCUGUACCAAUUCAUCUUAUGAAGACAUGACACGUGCUGCUUCUGUAGCCCAGCAAGCCAUUGAUCACGGUAUCAAGACCAAAUCUAAAUUCACCAUCACACCUGGUUCUGAGCAGAUUCGAGCUACCAUGGAACGCGAUGGUAUCAUCGACACCUUGACUCAAGCAGGCGGUGUGGUGUUGGCCAAUGCGUGCGGACCUUGUAUUGGACAAUGGGAUCGUCAGGACGUACAACGAGGCGAAGCAAACUCGAUUUUGACAUCCUAUAAUCGCAAUUUUUCAGGCCGAAACGAUGCCAAUCCUGCUACACAUGCGUUUGUGGCUUCUCCGGAAAUCGUUACUGCUUUAAGUAUUGCGGGCGAAUUGACGUUUAAUCCAACAAGAGAUGCAUUGAUUGAUGCAAAGGGUCGUCCCUUCAAAUUAAAAGCUCCUCAUGGCGAUGCAUUGCCUCACCAGGGCUACGAUCCUGGACAGGACACUUAUCAAGCGCCUCCUCAAGAACGACAUCAAAUCCAAGUCAAAAUUGAUCCCCAUUCCAGCCGCCUUCAACUGUUGACACCGUUUGAUCCGUGGGACGGUCAAGACAUCAGAAACAUCCCUGUUCUGAUCAAAGUCCAAGGCAAAUGUACGACAGACCAUAUCUCUAUGGCAGGCCCUUGGCUUAAAUACCGAGGUCAUUUAGAGAACAUGAGCUAUAAUUUCUUGAUUGGAGCCAAAAGUAGUGAAGGUAAAACAAACCAGAUCAAAAAUGUGUUCACAGGCCAUGAGGGCACAGUGCCUGAAACAGCGCGCGAUUACAAGCAGCGAGGUGUGCGUUGGGUUGUGGUUGGCGAUGAGAAUUAUGGGGAAGGAUCGUCUCGGGAGCACGCUGCUUUAGAGCCUCGCUAUUUGAAUGGCAUUGCUGUGAUUGCAAAAUCAUUUGCGCGUAUUCAUGAAACCAAUCUCAAAAAACAAGGCAUGCUUCCUUUGACAUUUGUAAAUCCCAGUGACUAUGAUAAGAUAGAUCCAUCUGAUAAAGUGGAUAUUCUCGGUCUGACUGAGUUUCAAGAAGGCAAGCCAUUGACCCUUUGUCUUCAUAAACAGGAUGGAGAAACAGUUCAAAUCCCUUUACAGCAUUCGUUUAAUGAUCAACAGAUACAAUGGUUCAUCAAAGGCUCUGCUCUCAACUUGAUGAAGGAAACUCAACCAUAA